AGGCGGCAUGAUUCGCUGGCUGCUGAGCUGAUCUUUGUGCGAGCGGAGCGGAGCGGUCGCAGUUUUUAGCCGCGGACGAGCGAACACACACGGGGAAAGACGCGGCGUGGGACCGCGCUAGGGCCCGAGAAGCACCACACACACACACGGACGGGCGGACACACGAGUGACAGCGACGGAAUUAAACAUGGUCAUCUGGUGAGGAAUCGUUCAGCGUUCAGGUGGAGGAGUGGGGCAGACAGCGCCACCCAGGUGUGCAGAGUGGGACUGCGACGCGUCGCACAGCCCCCCCUCCCCCCCUCCCGACAACGAGCUUCCCCCGAGCGCCGCCCAGCCAGAUGGACUGCGAACUCUGAGAGCAGCGCGAGCCCAGGACCGGAAAUCAACCAGGGGAGAGGAGGCCGGGGGGGAGAGAGAACGCUCGCCGUAGGGGCACUGGUCGGGUAGAGGAGAGGAGGACGAGGGGCUCCACCACCAUGUCGUCCAACAGGACCCAGAACCCCCAUGGACUGAAACAGAUAGGCCUGGACCAGAUAUGGGACGACCUGCGGGCUGGCAUCCAGCAGGUGUACACGCGGCAAAGCAUGGCCAAGUCGCGCUACAUGGAACUCUACACACACGUAUAUAACUAUUGUACCAGCGUCCACCAGUCCAGCCAGGGCCGGGGCUCGGUGCCGCCGGCCAAGCCCUCCAAAAAGUCCACCACUCCUGGCGGGGCUCAGUUCGUAGGCCUGGAGCUCUACAAGCGACUCAAGGAGUUCCUGAAGAACUAUUUGACCAGCCUGCUCAAGGACGGCGAGGACCUGAUGGACGAGUGUGUGCUGAAGUUUUACACCCAGCAGUGGGAGGAUUACCGUUUCUCUAGUAAGGUCCUGAACGGGAUCUGCGCCUACCUCAACCGCCACUGGGUCAGACGGGAGUGUGACGAGGGACGCAAGGGCAUUUAUGAGAUAUAUUCUCUGGCACUUGUGACCUGGAGGGAGUGUUUAUUCCGACCCCUCAACAAACAGGUAACAAACGCUGUGCUGAAGCUGAUAGAGAGAGAGAGGAAUGGUGAGACCAUUAACACCAGACUGAUCAGCGGUGUGGUCCAGUCGUAUGUCGAGCUGGGCCUGAACGAGGAGGACGCCUUCGCCAAGGGCCCGACGCUGUCCGUCUACAAGGAGUACUUUGAGUGUCAGUUCCUCACGGACACGGAGCGCUUCUACACCCGCGAGAGCACAGAGUUCCUGCAGCAGAACCCCGUCACAGAGUACAUGAAGAAGGCGGAGGCUCGGCUGCUGGAGGAGCAGAGGCGUGUGCAGGUUUACCUCCACGAAUUCACCCAGGAUGAGCUGGCCAGGAAGUGCGAGCAGGUCCUCAUAGAGAAGCACCUGGAGAUCUUCCACACCGAGUUCCAGAACCUCCAGGACGCCGACAAGAACGAAGACCUGGGCCGGAUGUACAACCUGGUGUCGCGGAUCACCGACGGUCUGGGUGAACUGAAGAAGCUCCUGGAGACUCACAUCCACAACCAGGGCCUGGCCGCCAUAGAGAAGUGCGGCGAGGCCGCGCUCAAUGACCCCAAAGUGUACGUGCAGACCACCCUGGACGUCCACAAGAAGUACAACGCCUUGGUCAUGUCUGCCUUCAACAACGACGCCGGCUUCGUGGCAGCUCUCGACAAGGCGUGCGGCCGAUUCAUCAACAACAACGGCGUCACCAGGAUGGCUCAGUCGUCCAGCAAGUCUCCUGAGCUGCUGGCCAGAUACUGCGACUCUUUACUCAAGAAGAGCUCCAAAAACCCAGAGGAGGCAGAACUGGAGGACACACUCAACCAAGUGAUGGUCGUGUUCAAGUACAUCGAGGACAAAGACGUUUUCCAGAAGUUCUACGCCAAGAUGCUGGCCAAACGCCUGGUCCACCAGAACAGUGCCAGCGACGACGCGGAGGCCAGCAUGAUCUCCAAACUCAAGCAAGCGUGCGGGUUCGAAUACACGUCCAAACUGCAGCGGAUGUUCCAGGACAUCGGCGUCAGCAAAGACCUGAACGAGCAGUUCAAGAAGCACCUGACCAACUCUGAGCCUCUGGACCUGGACUUCAGUAUCCAGGUCCUGAGCUCCGGGUCUUGGCCUUUCCAGCAGUCCUGCACCUUCGCUCUGCCCUCUGAGCUGGAGCGAAGCUACCAGCGCUUCACGGCAUCCUACGCCAGCCGACACAGCGGCAGGAAGUUGACGUGGCUCUAUCACCUGUCCAAGGGCGAGCUGGUCACCAACUGCUUCAAGAACAGGUACACGCUGCAGGCCUCCACCUUCCAGAUGGCCAUCCUGCUGCAGUACAACACCGAGGACAGCUACACCGUCCAGCAGCUCACCGACAGCACUCAGAUCAAAACUGAUAUCCUGGUUCAGGUCCUGCAGAUUUUGUUAAAGUCGAAGCUGCUGGUGAUGGAGGACGAGAACGCCAACGUGGACGAGGUGGAGUUCAAACCGGACACCGUCAUCAAACUGUUCCUCGGAUACAAGAAUAAGAAGCUGAGGGUGAACAUCAACGUGCCGAUGAAGACGGAGCAGAAACAGGAGCAGGAGACGACUCACAAGAACAUCGAGGAAGAUAGGAAGCUCCUGAUCCAGGCGGCCAUUGUGAGAAUCAUGAAGAUGAGGAAGGUCCUGAAGCACCAGCAGCUCCUCGCCGAGGUCCUGAACCAGCUGUCGUCCCGGUUCAAACCCAGAGUCCCCGUCAUCAAGAAAUGUAUCGACAUCCUGAUAGAGAAGGAAUACCUGGAGCGAGUGGACGGAGAGAAGGACACGUACAGCUACCUGGCCUGAACGCCGCCCGCCCUCCUUCCUCCCGCCCGCCCGCCCGCCGGCUCUCCUCUCCUCAGUUUUAUUUUUAUUUGUUAUCUUCUUUUCUUUUUUUUAUGUCUGAGUAAUAAAGUGUGGAUCCCUCUGAGCGGCGGACAUGUUGUGAGUGUGUCGCCGCCGCCGCGAUUUGACAAACCAUCAACGUAGGGGGAGGGGAGGGGCGUGAACUUUCUGCUCUGCCUUCAAGGAACAAACGCUGCCGCCCCUGCUGUUGAGCCCGGGAACCCCCGUCUACAUGCUCGCCUGCCCCCGUCCCGUCCGUAGGACUCGAACACACUUUCUUCUUGUCAUAUUGUAAAUAACCACAGACUCUAUGAAGGGGAGGGGAGGGCGGGAGAAAAAAAACUCUGCUCCCUUAUUGACAUAGCGCAUACAUAAUGAAUUAGCCUACAGCCAAUCAGAGGAGAGCCUCAUCCAAAGGUUUCUGCAUGCUACUGCCUACCUGCACCACAGUGACCACGAAAAACAUUAAAGAGUAAAAAAAAAUACAAGUCGAGUCACUGGGCAGCCGCCGCAGUCCACCGCCGCACGCCGCGAAAUGUCGAAGCCGGUCGUGAUUUAAAGCCGCUGGAGGAAGAGGAGGGGGAGGAGCUUGGUGAGGUCGGCGCCGCCGUGACGCUCGUGGCCCGAGGCGGGUCGGGCUCGUGCAGGAGGCCGGUCUCGGGACCGAGCGGUGGACAUUUGUAUAGUGUGGUUCAUUUUCUAAAUGUGUGAUAAAUAAAAACAAGGAAAGAUUUCUCUAAA